AUGCAGGAGGCGCGCGAGGUGGCGGAGUGGAGGGAGGCGCGCCGCAAGUCCUACCCCACGGCAGCCAACGUUGCCCGCAAGUCUGAGGAGGCGGCGCGCAUCGACGCCGCGGGCGGCCUGGACCCAGCCGCGGCUGCGCGGCGCAGGGCCCUGGCCGAGGUGCUGGCGCGGCAGCGGGCGAUGGGGGUGGCGCGCAUGGCGGGGACCGACGAUCUCGACCCGGACGGCGGCGCUGGAGGCGGCGGCUGGGGCGGCAGGGGUGGCUGGCAGCAGCGGGGUGGGGGACGCUUUGGCGCCCGCGGCGGCUGGCAGCCGCGCGGUGGGGGUCGAUUCAACGGGGGCCGCUUCGGUGGCGAGCAGCAGCAGGAUGGAGCGGACGGCGGCGAGGGCGGUGAGGAGGGCGGCGGCGGCGACGCAGGCGGCGGCGAGGACGGACAAGGGGCAGCGGAGCAAGCAAACGGCGGGGACGAAACGCACACUCGUGAGGGGGACGGUGCUGGGGCUGGCGACAUGGCCGACGGCCAUGGUGGCGGUGGAUUUGUUGCGCGCGGCGCGUGGCGGGGCGGCGGCCGCUUUGGGGAUCGCGGCGGCGGUCGUUUCACCCGUGGCGGCGGCCGCUUUGAUCGUGGCGGGCGUUUUGGUGGGCGCGGUGGGGGCCGCUUUGACCGCGGCGGCGGCCGUGGCGGCGGCCGGUUCGACCGCGGUGGUGGUCGCUUCGACCGCGGCGGCGGCCGCUUCGGGCGCGGUGGCGCGUACGGUGGCGGCCGCUGGCAGCCGCAGCAGCAGUCGUGGCAGCCGCCGCACACCGUCGGCGGCGCGCCUCACGCGGUGGCGGGGCGUCCCCAACGGCCGCGCGGGCCUGGUCUGCUGCAGAAGCUGCUGUCCACUGAGAUCCGGCGCGAGCGCAGCUGGCUGCUGCAGGCCAUCCGAUUCUUCGUGGUGAACGGCUUCCUGCAGCAGCAAGAGGACGGGGGCGAGGCCAACGCUCCUGGUGGCGCAACGGCGGCCGCUGAGGGUGCGGAGAGCGCUGCAGCGAAGGCCGCAGACGGAGCCGGGGCGCAGCCCGUGGACGGGGGCGAAGCAGCUUCAGCAGCAGCAGCAGUGGCGGAGGCGGAGCCGGGCUCGGCGGCGGGCGACAGCGCAGGGGCAGAGGGAGAGCAGCAGCCCGGGCAGCAGCCCAAGCAGCAGCAGUCGCGGCCGGCGCCGCGGCGCGCCCUCAUCUUCCCGGCCGAGGCGCUGGCGGCGCAGCAGGCCCAGAGCCUGGCGGAGCAGCUCAUGGCGGCGGCGGCGGCGCAGGGGGUGGCCGACAGCGACGACGAUCUGGAUGAUCUGGGUGAGGGGCCAGAGGGGCCGGGGGGCCCCGGCGGCGACGAGGGCGAUGAGAUGGAGCAGGAGGAGGAUGAUGAUGAUGAGGAGGCCCGUGAGGAGCAGCCGCAGGAGGGGGUCAGCGAGGACGAUGAGAUCGUGUUUGAGGGGGAGGAGGGGGGGGAGGAGGCUGGCGGAGGCGGCGGAGGGCCCGAGGGGCGGCAGGCUGUCAAUGGCGCGCGGCAUGAUGGCGGGUCAGAACCAGAGGUCGGGGCUGACGACGGCGCAGGCGCCCUGGGCGGCCUCCUGGCAGACUAUGGAGAGGACGAGGCCGGCGGCCGGCAGGGUUGA